AUGCUCAUAUUCACCAGUGUUAUUUGGCUGGACCUAUGUCUGGCUAGCGCCGCAGCCUAUAUGGUCAAGCAGUUAUUCGGCAAGAAGAACCCUGCACCAUAUCCCCCUGGACCUCCGGGGUGGCCUCUCGUUGGGAACAUCGCAGACAUACCUCACAACAAGGCCUGGCUUACCUUUGCAAAGUGGGGCAAAAAAUAUGGUGACAUCUUGCAUGUCGACGUUCUGGGUCGGCACAUCAUUGUACUGAAUUCUGUCAAGGCAGCGAUGGAGUUGCUAGACAAAAAAAGCUCUAUCUACUCUGACCGUCCAGUUUUUACAAUGAGUGGUGAACUUAACAUCUACCGCGUCAUUGGCAGUCGCACCGCUGUAAAUGUCUACGAACCGAGUGAGGAGAUCGAGGUUCGCCGAUUCCUGAAGCGCGUGUUUGCACAACCUGAGCAACUGGACGCACAUAUCCGACACACCGCUGGCGCUAUCAUUCUGCGAAUCUCUUAUGGAUAUGAAGUGAAGGAUAACAAUGAUCCUUUCGUCGAUCUGGUAGGCCGUGCAAUGCACCAUUUAUCGCAGGCUGGCGAUACUGGUGCCUUCAUGGUGGACAUCAUGCCAUGUGGUUUCCUGGUGCUGGAUUCCAGUGCCCUGGCCCGUGAAUGGCGCCAGACCCUCAAAGAGACUGUUGAUGCACCAUACAAAUUCGCCAAAGAUCAGAUAGCUGCCGGAAUUGCCCCAAUGUCUUACGCCUCGAAUCUGUUGAAAGGUCGUACCUUGUCUGCGGAGGAGGAUCACAUGGUGAAAUGGUCUGCUCAAUCCCUAUACGCCGGUGGUGCCGACACGACAGUUUCUACAAUUUAUUCGAUUUUCCUGGCGAUGACACUGUUCCCUAAUGUGCAGAAGAAGGCUCAGGCUGAAAUAGAUGCUGUUGUUGGCACUGACCGUCUUCCCUCCUUCGCAGACCGCGACUCCCUCCCCUAUAUUGAGGCCCUUGUGAAGGAAUCACUGCGCUGGAAUGUUGUCGUCCCUGCAGGUGUCGUCCACUGCGUCUCUGAGGACGAUAUCUAUGACGGGUACUACAUUCCGAAAGGAUCCAUGAUCAUGCCUAACAUCUGGUCCAUGCUCAAUGACCCGCAGACAUAUGCUAACCCCUCGCAGUUCAACCCUGAACGUUUCUUAGAUAAUGAUGGAAGGGGUCCCGAGCGCGAGCCUCGCACGAUCAGCUUUGGCUUUGGUAUCCACCUUGCUGACGCUUCCAUCUGGAUAUCUACUGUGAUGUCGCUCGCUGUGUUCGAUAUUUCCAAGAUCGUCGAGAACGGCGUUGAGCAAACCCCCGAGGUUGACUUCUCAUCAGGCUUGGUCAGUCACCCCAAACCCUUCAAGUGCUCUAUCAAGCCUCGCUCUGCGAAAGCUAUUGAGCUCAUUCAGCAGGAUGUUAACUAUUAA